GUCGUGGUGUCGAUAAACACGUACUACGCAUUUAGCAACGUCUACUACAAGAAUGAAGAAUACAAGGCCGCCAGCUCUAUAAAUUUUUUGUACUGAUUAACUACUGAUCGCCAAAUUACGUGUUUUGUGCCCAUACUCCAAUCCUCAAUUCUUCUUCCGGUCGAAAUUAAAUUCAUAUAGGGAUGCUUAGCCGGCAAAUUUACCGGAAAAAUUUCUGGUGUUCUUCCGGCCGGCGGUGGUUCUAUUCUCAUUCCACUGCUGCAACGUCGCCGGUAGCCUCCGGUGGCGGGAGGGCAUGGAGAACUGCUCCUGUUGACGGAUGUUAUACGCCAGCUCACUCCACUCGAUGCGCUGCGACGUCGUUUAGCUCCUUUGAUAGGCUCGCCACUUUGAAUGUUACACUUGGCCUUAGAGGCCAUUGCUUUUCAACUCAAGCUGUGGUUUGUGAUCCCGUGGGUGGGAUAGUGGAUGUGCCUUUAGCUCAAACUGGUGAAGGGAUCGCUGAAUGUGAACUUAUAAGAUGGUUUGUUCAGGAGGGAGACCAAGUUGAAGAAUUUCAACCACUUUGUGAAGUCCAGAGUGACAAGGCUACCAUAGAAAUAACAAGCCGCUACAAAGGAAAAGUUUCUUGCAUUCUCCAUGUUCCUGGGAACAUUGUGAAGGUUGGAGAGACUCUGUUGAAAAUGGCAGUGGAUGAAAUUUCUGGUCCUACUCAGGUUGCAGAUGCUUCAGAAAAUAUUAAAGAAAUGAAUAGCGUGGCAAGUAGCUUAGAUGAUCAAUGUUCUGCAGUUGGAAAUACCAAGAUUGGUGGUGUACUUUCCACUCCUGCUGUCCGUAACCUUGCAAAACAGUAUGGUGUAGACAUAAGUGUUGUCCACGGAACUGGUAAGGAUGGAAGGGUACUUAAAGAGGAUAUCCUAAAAUAUGCAGGAAUCAUAAAGGAAACACCAGCAUUCUCAAGUCCUGCAGAACAGUCACAAAGUGGGGAUGAGAAAUGCCCUAAGAUUUCAACUUCUCAUGGAUUGGAUUAUAAAGACAAGACAAUACCCUUAAGGGGAUUCCAGCGUGCCAUGGUUAAAUCAAUGACCAUUGCUGCAAAAAUUCCUCAUUUUCAUUAUGUUGAAGAGAUAAAUUGUAAUGCACUUGUAGAGCUCAAAGGAUCAUUCCAAAAGGAAAACUCUGAUCCAGAAGUCAAACACACUUUUCUUCCUUUCUUAAUAAAGUCUCUUUCCAUGGCUUUGAAUAAAUAUCCCAUGCUAAACAGUUGCUUCAAAGAGGAACUUUAUGAGGUCACUGUUAAAGGAUCUCACAACAUUGGGAUUGCAAUGGCUACUCCACAUGGUUUAGUUGUUCCAAACAUAAAGAAGGUGCAGUCGUUAUCAAUCUUGGAGAUAACGAAGGAACUUUCAAGACUGCAAAAGUUGGCAUUGGAUAACAAGCUUGACCCAGACGAUGUAUCUGGUGGGACUUUUACUUUAAGCAACAUUGGAGCCAUUGGAGGAAAGUACGGUUCCCCCCUUAUUAACUCACCCGAAGUUGCCAUCAUUGCGAUGGGGCGGAUCCAAAAGAUCCCCCAAUUUGCCGAAGAUGGAAAUGUGUAUCCUGCUUCAGUAUUGACGGUAAAUGUAGGUGCUGAUCAUAGAGUCCUCGAUGGAGCUACGGUUGCAAAGUUCUGCAAUGAAUGGAAACAAUAUAUUGAGAAACCUGAGCUUCUGAUGUUGCAUACGAGAUGAGGCAUCUACUUAUUCCAGUUGUCCGUCCUAUAAGAAAAGGGCGAACUUUUUAAAUUGUGAGAAUCGAUUAAUCGUCCACCGUUUUCUCCUAUUUUCUGUAGACCAAAACUAAGAAAAAGAAAAAAUAAUACUCCAUAUUAGUUUUCUUUCAUAGGAGCAAUAAACUAUAUCUUAUAACCA